CUUAUACACAGACCAAAUGAACCAAUGCUUUUCAGUUGUUAUUCCAUGUGUACUGGAUCGUUGAUAUUGUGAAUAGUUUACCUCUAUUGUCCAUGGUGUGACUGGACGAGUACCGAAAGUGAAUCAUCUUAUAAUUUAUAUCUUCACUAUUUUGUACGUGGUGAAAAUAAUUUGAAAGGUAACUUGUUUUCCAUAGGGUGUCGACGGCGACUGCAUUUGGGUGUUUAAAACUUUGUUUCUAGACGCAGGGAUUUGUAACUUGGAGAGGAUCGCUGUAUUGAUCGAGACAUUUAUAGAAAUGUCCAUUGAUGUCUAAUGAUGGAUACACGAUGACUUGAGUAUGAGGUGGAGCUGCACCUCGCGUUUUUCUCUUCCUAGCUUAAAUGCUUGUGUGUGCUUCAACAAAUUCCAAACGGAUUAUAUCUGGCGACAUCCGAGGACCGUGUGUUCACUUAAAGUUGGAUAAAUGACUGAAAUGAAGGGAAAUGAUGAUAAAAAUCAUCUUAGUCCCUACGAGAAUGGCGUGGCUCCGGCAGUGGUGGCGGAUGCAAAUGAUGCCAAAAGUGUACUGUCUUCGCGACCGUCGUCUGCUGUCAGCGAUGUGGAAUCACGGGUCAAAUUCCGACUGUACACGGACGACUCUUGGGCUAAACAACUCCAGAAGGAGGAGGAUAAGCGAAAGAAGGAAGAAAAAACUGGAGGUAUCGCCGAAGCUCAUCUCGUCGACGGAGAGCUCAGGUUUGACGAUGAUGAAGAAGAAGCGAAGAAGGAAUGUGAUCCGAAGCUAAAGGAGGGAGAUCUCCUCCCUCCGGAUCUCGGUGACAUAUUCCGGACAGACUACUACGGUAAACCGCUUGAGGAGAUCGAUCGGUUUAUCAAAGACAAGACUUUCGUUGCAAUAGCACCAAGAUUUGGGAAGAAGUUUAUCUACAGAUUCACUUCGACCAAGGCGUUCUUCAUCCUUCCUCCAUGGAACCCACUUCGGAAGCUAGCUGUGUACAUAGCUACCAAUCAAUUCUUUGAUUACCUAGUCAUCACCACCAUUCUUAUGAACUGUAUCUUUCUAGCCAUGCAUAAGUCACCCGCUGCCGAAACUGCAGAAUAUGUUUUUCUAGGCAUCUACACCAUUGAGAUGAUUGUGAAAAAUAUAGCCAGAGGUUUCAUAUUGUAUCGAUUCACAUAUCUACGAGAUCCCUGGAACUGGCUAGAUUUUAUUGUCAUAGUUUCUGCCUACAUUACAAUAAUGAUACAAGCUGCAUCGCCCGGAGGAGGGACAGCAAAUCUUCAGGGGCUGCGGACAUUCCGAGUCUUUAGGGCUCUAAAAACAGUUUCCAUUGUUCCAGGGUUAAAAACUAUUGUUAAUGCACUGCUGAGAGCUUUCAAAUUACUUCUUGAAGUGAUAAUGUUGACAACUUUUUGUCUCAUGGUGUUUGCUCUAUUUGGGCUACAAAUCUACAAGGGAGUGCUGCGACAGAAAUGUGUCAUUAAUUUGCCAGAAUUUGUAGCAACAAGCUCUCUGAGUGUAGAGGCCCAAUAUGACGCUUGGGUCAAAAAUACAUCGAAUUGGUAUGAAGCAGAUGGUGACUAUGUGAUUUGUGGUAAUGCCUCUGGCUCAGGAAAAUGUCCGGACAACUACACUUGUAUGGUUGACAUUGGUGAGAACCCCAACUUUGGCUACACAAACUUUGAUCACUUUGGUUGGGCCAUGCUGUCGUCUUUCCAGCUUAUUACACUUGACUUUUGGGAGGAUUGUUACAACAAGGUUAUACGAGCUUCCGGGCCAUUCAACGUGGCAUUCUUUGUGGUGGUUGUCUUCUUUGGUUCCUUCUAUCUCAUCAACCUCAUGUUGGCUGUUGUGGCCAUGGCGUAUGAAGAGGAAGCAGUUACCACUGAGGCGAAUAGAGUUUGGGGUAGACAUACAACGGAAAGUGAGGAACAAGAGAAACGAAUAAAGGAAAAAGAUCCACUGAAAGAAUUGGCCAAUGCAACGAAAGCGGCAGCCAAAUGGAAGCCAGGGGGGAAAGAGAAAUCAGACUUAGGAGACAAUGAAGACAAGGAUGGGGACAAGAUGCAAUCCAAUGGGAAACUUCCCGAAGGAGAUGUAGAAUCUGGAAAAAUGGCUACAGUCAACGACCAAAGCCUGGUAAAAUAUGGCAAAGGGAGGAAACCCAUGGUGAAAAUGCCAAGCAAGGACAGCGGAUAUUCUGUACAGAGUUCACAAUCUGGAGGCACUAAGGAAAAAGAUGGGGACACAACCAGCUGGGAUAGUAUUGCCAAUAAAACUGCUGAUUCAGGUACAGGUUCAAUCAGUCAUGGUCUUCUUGGUGAUCUGCCGGAACUUCCCUCCAACACAAAAAGACAGAAUUUGGUCAAACAGCAAAGCACUGACAAUGGUUAUGUAUCAGUCAAACGCCCUUACAAAAUCUCUUCCUCUGCGAUUCAUUUGGAAAAAGCUGUGAAUGAAGAAUAUCCUCGGAAAAAGAAAAAAGUUGGACCAGAGAUUAUCCUUGCUUUUGCCGAUGGUUACAAACCUGUUCGGCAGAAGGGACAGUUGAUAGACCGGAACUGUCCCUGUUGUACAGGGACAAGUAUCUACACGUACUGGCUCUAUGUCCAGAAUGGUGUCAUGGUUAUCGCCUCUGACCCCUUGCUUGACUUGUUCAUCACAAUCUGUAUCGUUCUCAAUACAAUCUUCAUGGCUCAGGAGUAUCAUGGCAUGUCUGACGAGCUCAAGGAGGUGUUGCGUAUAGCUAAUUACAUCUUCACAAGUAUCUUUACCUUUGAAUGUGUGGUCAAACUGACAGCUCUCAGCAAGUUUUACUUCGGCAAUGGUUGGAAUGUAUUUGACUUUAUCAUAGUGAUAGCAAGUCUUGUAGAUCUUGGUCUAGAAGAUGUUGAUGGUCUCAGUGUUUUCCGGUCAUUCAGAUUGCUCAGAGUCUUCAAACUAGCACAGUCUUGGCCAACCCUGAAACUGCUUCUGACUAUCAUUCUAAGUACUUUAGGAGCACUUGGCUAUUUGACCAUAGUCCUGGUAAUUGUCAUCUAUAUCUUUGCUGUCAUCGGUCUGCAGCUGUUUUCUGAAUCCUAUACAGAGAGUAUAUUUGGUGAUGAUAUACCAAGGUGGAAUUUCAAUGACUUCUUCCAUGCUAUGUUGAUGGUAUUCCGUGUGCUGUGUGGAGAGUGGAUUGAGCCCCUAUGGGAUUGUAUGCGGGCUGCAGACGAACUCUGCAUGGUUGUCUUCCUCCCGACUCUUGUUCUCGGCAACUUCAUUGUAUUGAACCUUUUCCUUGCCCUGUUGCUGAAUGCAUUUGCAAGUGACACACUGGAUCAAGAACCAAGUGACGAGGACAAUCGUCUGAAAUUGGCAUUCACUCGAAUACGGGAGCUUUGUUGCUGUUGCUUGAAACCCAAGAGGUCAGCGUCUGUGGGCCCAAAUGACAAGGAGGAGGAUGGAGAGGCCAGCACCACAGAUAAAGAUGACAAGGACAAAGAUGCAAAGAAUAAGGGGAAAGCUGAAGACAAGAUAGCACUGACCAACGGCCGAGCAGCCACUGCGAAGAACAAGACAGAUACUGGCAAAAACGGCACAGAUACCAAGGGCAAGACUCAGGCCAAUGGAACAGUAGCUAAUAAGGAUGAGAAAAAUAAGGGCAAAAAGCGUAGAAAAACUCACAAAGCUGCAGGUUCUUUAAGUCAAAAUGCACCACUAAAGGUUUUACCAGAGAUUGUACCGGUACAGGACAAAGUUGAUGCUGCCUUCAGUACACAGAGAGAGGAGUUCUCCAGUUUCAAUGCAGCCAUGAAGGCUAAUUCCAAUGAUCCUAAAGGAGAAGGAGCUAAAGCUGAUGGCAAAAAAGGCAUAAACAAAGAUGAUAAAAAGGCAAACGAAAAGGAUGAGGACAAAGAUAAUGAUGAUCUUGCUUUGGGGGCGGAGGCCUCAACCAUAAAGAAAAGAAAGGAAGAUGAUGAGGAAGAGGAGGUGAAAGAGAUUGUGGUUGAAGAUUGUCUCCCUGAGGCUUUUUACAAACGCCUGCAACGUUGGAUUCCUUGGUGCAGCUGCUGGGAGAAAUUCGAUGAUACAGCAUUCGGAAAGAAGUGGUACACCUUCAGGAAGGUGAUGGCCACUGUGAUUGAGAACAAGGUGUUUGAAGGCAUUAUUCUAUUUCUUAUCGCCGUGAGCAGCCUAACUCUGGCCUUUGAAGAUGUGUACUUGUACCAAAACCCAACGCUGGAGACCGCCUUGGACUGGCUUAACAUUAUCUUCUGUGUUCUAUUCUCCAUUGAGAUGUUGAUGAAAUGGAUUGGAAUGGGAUUUAAGAAGUACUUCACACAAUUUUGGACAUUGCUUGACUUCGCCAUUGUAGUGGUAUCUAUUGCUAGUUUAGCAGCCAAGGCAGCUGGAGUUGAUAACAUUUCUGCUUUCCGAUCUUUGCGUACCCUCAGAGCUUUCAGACCACUUCGAGCAAUUUCCCGAUGGCAGGGAAUGAAGAUCGUGGUGAAUGCACUGAUGUUGGCUAUACCUGCCAUCUGUAAUGUACUUGUGGUUUGCCUGGUGUUCUGGCUUAUAUUCAGUAUAAUGGGUGUCCAGUUCUUCAGCGGAAAAUUCUUCAAGUGUGUGGAUGAAGACGGCGAAAGACUGGAUUUUACUGUGACUGCCAAUAUGACAGAGUGUUUAGCUAAAAAUUACACCUGGCAAAAUUCAAAAAUCAACUUUGAUAAUGUUAUCAGUGGAUAUCUUGCUCUGUUUCAAGUUGCAACCUUUGAGGGAUGGAUGGAGGUGAUGAUUGAUGCUGUGGAUGCAACUGAUGUGGAUGAACAACCAAGAUUUGAGGCGGGAUUGUACUAUUACCUGUACUUUGUGGCAUUCAUCAUCUUCGGAGCAUUCUUCACUUUGAAUCUGUUUAUUGGUGUAAUCAUCGAAAACUUCAAUGCUCUCAAGAAAAAGUAUGAAGGCAGUUACUUGGAUAUGUUCCUAACUCAAGGACAACGAAAUUAUAUGAACACACUAAAGAAAUUAGCCAACAAAAAGCCUCAGAAAACAGUAAAGAGACCAAAGGGACCAAGUUUUUGGAAUUCCUUCCAAGCUGUGUUUUAUGAUGUGUCUGUCAGCAGCAAGUUCGACCUGGCAAUCAUCGUGUUCAUAUUUCUGAACAUGAUUAUAAUGGCGGUGGAUCACUAUAAAAUGUCCGACUUAAUCACAGACGUUCUCGACAUCAUGAACAUUGUCUUCACAACAGUCUUCACUAUGGAGGCGGUGGUCAAAAUCAUCGGCCUGAGACUGCACUACUUCAGACAGCCUUGGAAUGUAUUCGACUUUGUUGUGGUCGUCCUGUCUCUAGGAGUGGUGAUUUUGGACGCAGCAGGUAUUAUAUUAGAUCAGGUCUUGGAUGGGCUCAUCGUUUCUCCAACGCUUCUCAGGGUUGUUCGUGUAUUUAGAAUUGGCCGAGUCCUGCGACUAAUCAAGGCAGCAAAGGGUAUACGAAAGCUGUUGUUCGCCCUGAUUAUAUCCCUGCCCGCUCUCCUCAACAUCGGAGCAUUACUGUUCUUGGUCAUGUAUAUAUUCGCCAUUAUCGGCAUGUCCUCUUUUGGGAAUGUGAAAAUUGAAUCUCCUCUUGACGAUACAGUAAACUUCCAGACGUUCGGAAGUAGUUUCGUGUUGCUGUUGCGUUUAUCUACAUCAGCUGGUUGGAAUGACAUUCUGGAGCCGUUGCUUAUAGAGCCGCCCUAUUGCGAUCCUGAUUACAUCAUACGAUCAGAUGGGUCUAAAGUUGAGUCGACCAAUGGCGAUUGUGGUACUGCGUGGCUCGCUUACUUCUUCAUGGUUGCCUACAUCGUUGUGAUAUUCUUAAUUGUGAUAAACAUGUACAUUGCUGUGAUCCUGGAGAACUUUAACCAGGCUCAUGAACAAGAAGAGGUUGGUGUAACUGAGGAUGACUUUGACGAGUUUUACGUUGUCUGGGAGAAGUUUGACCCUCUAGCCACUCAAUAUAUAAAGUACGAACAGCUGUCAACUUUUGUUGCAGAUCUGGAUCCUCCUCUAGGUAUACCUAAGCCAAAUGAGAUAGCUUUAGUGGCAUGUGAUUUACCAAUCAUGGAAGGGGACAAAAUCCACUGUUUGGAUGUACUAAUAGCACUUGUGAAAAACGUCUUAGGACGUGUGGAAGAAACAGAGGAAUUUAAAGAAUUGCGGGCUCAAAUGGAGGAAAAGUUUGAGGAAACUUUCCCCACGCGUGUCAAUAAUGGCAAAAUGUCUAGCACAAUGCAGAAAAAGAAGGAAGACGUGGCCGCAAAAACACUACAACGAGCAUGGCGCAGCUUCAAAACACAAAAACAGCUUCGCAACAUCACAAAAAUGGCCAUGGACAAAAGCAAGGAUGGCGACGACAAAAAAUCUAAAGGUGGAGCACUCGCUGCGCUCGGCCAGCGUCUUUCUACUGCUCUCACAAACUUCUUCAGUGGUUCGUCCCGUCCUGGCAGUGCUGCUAGUGCACGCAGUGUAAAAAGUACUGACCCCGACGCAGGGAAAACGAAAGUGAAUACGAACACGUUGCAGACGCCAUCUGUUGGGGCUCUAUACAACAACCAUAAAGAUGACAGUAAUAAAGAUGUAGAAUUGUGAUAAUACUUGGAAUGUUAAUUUACAGACUGAUGGAUAUGAAAUGUAACUGCGAAUAUGUACGUAGUAUAUGUUAAAUAGCAUAUGGCUGAAAUAAUUGCUGAAGUUUCUAUGGCGCACUGGAGGUUCCCAUUGUGUUAAGAAAAUGAGGAAUUAUGAAAUAUUCACGGCUCCAUCAAAGGGUACGACCUUCAGUGUGUCGAACAUUAAGCACGAAGAUUUUCCAAAAAGACAUUACGAAUGGUGAAUGCCGAUCUAAGUUGGACACACUAAGGUGUCCCAAAAUAAACCAAUGAACGUGUCCGAUUUAACCAAUUAAGUAUAGAGGUAUUCUGAACUCAUCCAUUUCGGAGGUGAAUAUCUCUUCAAACUUCUGUGAUAGUCGUCAUUGAUAAGCGACGGUUUUUCUAUUGAUAAUGUACAUAACUAAGUAUUAUCAGUAGGAAAAAUUUGAUGCAAAAGUUCUUCGAAACUCUAAAGACCGACAAAUGGUUUGUCUUUGUAUGACAAACCAGAUGGAUUUGUAGUUUUACCUUUUAUUAAAAAUGCAUGUGAAUGAACAAUUUGACUGGUAAUUGCUGAUUGUGGUUGUUAAAAGUGAUAUGUAUGUUCAUUUAUUUUUUAAUAUAUUGCUGAAAUUUAAAUCAACUUUAAGUCUAAAUAUUUUAGUGUUUUGUUUUCGUAAUUUUAACAAUGGUUCACUCUUAAACUAUUUUUAUAUGCAAGGUAAAAUAAUUUGAGAGUGGAAAUGAUCUUUACAUGAAGGUUAAAUUUAUUUCAAAACAGUUUUAUUUUUCAGUAUUUCUUUCAUAUGAAAUCGGUAAUAAUCUAUACAUAAUUUAAUAUUACACUAGGUGUCACAAUGAUUUUAAGAUAAAACAGAUAUUUAGACACGAAUGAUUCGGUCGUAUGGAAUUAGCGGUGGCAAGGAAACAUUUUGAAUUUGGCCUGUUUUUUCUAAUUAUAAAAAUAUAUUUCUGUUCAAAUAUAUAUCUAGAAAAAUAUAUUUAUUUGACUUACAACUUGCUAAACUAGAAACAUCUUUGCUGCAAUGCACUCGUUCAGCUUCUCUUUUUUUUUUGAAGAAUAUAAUCCAAUCAUAUAGUUAUUCAAUUAUUUUUCCUUUGAAAUCAUUAUUCAGUCCGAUAUAUCUAUUAAGCUGUUACCUUUACAAUUACAUCAGUUUAUUUAUGUAUCUUCAUGAUAAAACACGUUCCACUAUGUGUAAAUGUAAACAAUUUGCCAUAUUCUGAUGUAUGGCAAUUUGCACCACCGCUUUGCUUAUUACGAAAAACUAUACACCACAUGUAAAUCACUUUAGACUUAGCAUAAUUUUACCAUUACUUGUAUUUGAAGGUCGCUGGAAAGCCAUCAUUUUAUUUUAUCAUUAUUAUUUUUUAAUGUGAUUAUUUUUGUACAUUACUGAUUGUCAAAAGUUCACAGUUGCCAAAAAACAAAUGUAGAUCUACUAUAACACGUAUUUAUAGUUUUGUCACUCCGUGCUUUGUGUUAAGAUUUUUUGUGAGUACGUAAAGAUUUCUUUCAUUUUUGCCUUAUCAAUGUCCAUUUCAUUAUGUCAUACCCAAUUUCGCUAGUCAUUGCAUUUCGUGCACAUCUAUUAAAAUACAAUUGUCUAGGUUUACUAGUGAAUCUGCUGUUUCAUCGUAGAAAUUUGUUGACUUUUAGCCGAUAACCUAAAAAUCUGUCAUUUUUAUCAAAUCUUCUUAGUGUUAUCUGAAAUUGUCAUUUUACUUAUAUAAAGUGCAAUUUAAAAAAAGAAAGAAAUGUUAAUCAUACUUAAGUAAAAUCAUUAUUUAAGUGUUAAAGUAAUAUCAUUUUUGCAUUUGAAAACAAUAUGUGAAUUAUAUAUAAUUUCUGAAAAUGAUUGACUAAAAUUGUAAUAUAAAUUAACAGUAAAUGAAUGGGUAUUUUCUGCUGUACUUCGUUCUUACUCUUCUUUUUUAGCAUAUUUUAAUUUACCAUCGUCAGCAUUGUAUUACAGCUAAAGAGAUAAGGAUUAGGUUUACAGGUUUGAUUUUUCUUUCGGUAAAUUGUGUACUCCUGAACAGUAAAAGUAAACGUGAAGAAAGUGAUUGCUUUUUGAAUACAUAUGUGAAAUUGAAUAAUUUUUAUCUUUUAGAUCAUCGUAUUUUAGACACAGUAUACCGAGUCGAGUUUAGGAAGUCUUUGUUAACAUUGAUUUAAUGAAGCAUGUUGUUUUUCUUUUUGAAAUAUUGUAUUUCAUGUAUAACUUAUUAUUCAUGAAUGAUGAACUUAUUAUUUCUGAAUGAAAUAUUGAAAUAUGAAUGCGUUAAUGUCUAUUGAAGUUUUAAGUGCUAAACAUGUGAUUAUUAUGCAAUUUACAGUAAUAUCUUCAUGAGUCUGCUAAUGUGCCAAUGUAACGUAACAUUACAAGGAUCUCUCUGAAAUGUGGUUUGUAGCUGGUAAGCGUAAAGUUUAUCGCUGUUAUCCCUGAGCAAAGGUUUCAACAUUUAAUUCUACUUCAAUAUUUGAUGAUCAUACUACAUAUAAUUAAUUUUUCUUUGUUUUCAUGGUAAAAUUCUUUUCAUUCUUCUAUGAAAGAAAUUCCGAGAAUGGCGCGAAACAUGUGACGUCACAAUACGACAAUUGACGUUGCGUAUUGAUUUGAGAAAAUGAAUCCCAUUUAAAACCAGUAAAAUUGUACAUAAAACAUGUUUUAAAUUAGAAAAUCAUUUUCAAAAAUUAAUUAUAAGCGUUGAUGUCAAUUAUUUUUUAGUUUCAUCGGGGUAUGAAACAAAUUUUGUUUGCAAACUUCUGUCAGAAUUCGCUACGCCGAUUCAUACGGUUUGCAAACAAAAUUUGUUUCAUACCCCGAUGAAACUAAAAAAAAUGACAUCAAUGCUUAAAUAUGUCGGUAUGUCUGACGUUUAUUUUAUUAUUAUCAUCUAAUUACACUUUUAUCAGUACACUGUUAUAUGAAGAAGAUUUUUAUGAUACGAAACACCUUAAUGCAAAUAUGCUUAAAUACUUAUUUUUCCAGGCCAAUCUAAUCUUUUUUCCACUAGAAUAUUUCAUAAAUCUAUCUUUCAUAGAAAAAAUGGACUUGUGGUUUAUUCGGUCUCCUCCUCAAAAUGAAAUAAGAUGAACAUGUAUUAAUUGAAUAAUAAACUUUGACUUAAUCCCUGUAUUGGUAAAAGCAUUUCUUAAUGCAUGUAGUUUGCCACUGUAAUAAAUAUAACGUAACCGGUAAUGUUUUUUCAAACAAAAAGUUUGGGAAAUAAAUCUUAGGGGAAAAUAUUACUUAACAGUGUUGUAUCUGAAUUUCCAUUGAUUGUUUCACUACACAUGAAUAUAAAACAUAUAAGAAAAUGAGGUAUUCCCAAAAUUAGACUUUCCGGACAUUGUUGAUAUUGAUACAAAUGAGAGGGAGAAAACGUGUAAGUGGAGUCAUUGAACUGUUUUAGCUAUAUUCUUUAUAUAUAAUGAAACAUAACUGAUUUUGUCUUUUUAAUUACUUGAAUCAGUAUUAUCUCAAGCUUAUAAUAUUUCUAGAUUAAUUGAAUAUUGAGGAAAUGGCGUAAACAGUGAAUUUAUUAUGCUGCACCAUAUUACAUUGUCAUGACGUUAAAGAUUUCGUUCAUAUUCACAAUCUUCUCUGUGUCAUAAAGUUUUACACAAGUGAAAAUUGUUAUGCCAUUUGUGUAUACAUACUGAGGUUUCUGCCGUAUAUGAACAACCAAACAUUUAACAUAAAUUUAGCCCAUCAUGGCAACCUUCUUAUUAGCAUUAGGUUUUGGCGUUUUUAAGUUAUUUUAGGUUAUGUUUGAGUCAAAUAGUCAUAUUUGCUUACUUUUCAGUCAAUAGGCGAUUUAUUCUAAAUUGAUUGAUUACGACAAUGUAAUGUUGAUAUAUCAGUUCAUUCAUCAAUUUGUUUUCCUACUUAAAAAGGCUGAUAUAUGAUGAAUGGCAUGAACUAUUUUUAUUUUUAUAGUGAAGUGAGAACACGGUAGAUGUUUCAUUAAUCAUAUCUUAAAACCUCUAUUAAUUGAAAUCAAAACCUAAAUAUCAGUUGUUGUUUUUUUUCUGCUAAUGUAUGAGAUAUCAUUAAUAUUGGCAAUUUUGUUGUUACAUAUAUAAUUGUAAAUAAGUCUUGUAAAUAUUUAAUUAUUAUCAUUUAAAAAGAAACAUUUUCAAGAUUUAAAUAAAUUAUUUUUUUCAAAAUACAAUAUGGCUUGCAGAUUUGCCCCAGCGUGUAGACCCAGUUAAUACUGAUGGCGGCUUCCAUUACUACUGCUACAAAGGUAGCUUUAUAGGACAGCCACCCUAUAUCCACGCCCUCUGAUCACUACCAUUUUUCACUCUGUAUCAAGCUGGUUGACACCAGGAUUUCAAGCUAACCGGCGCUCCUGACGAUUUCCUUUGAACAAUAAACUUUUUGCAAAAACA